CGCCGCCCGGCUGCCCACCUGGCGACGUGACGCUGCACCAAUCCCCUUCGAGCUGCUCCUAGGCCCCCGCUGCUUGCACCGCCCUCCUCCCGACCCUGAAAGAGGCGCACCCUGCUCGGGCAGACACUGCGCUCUCGCCCUCGGAGCACCCACCCCUCUAGCUUCUUGGUCUCCAGGACGGACGCUCAGGCUCUGCUCUCGCCGUAGCCAAACUUGCUUUCCCGCCUCUCCAACUCCGGCUUCCCUCCACUCCUAACUCUUUUCCCUCCACUUUCCCCUUCUCUAUCACCCACGCCACAAACCCAGGUCCCCCAUUCCUUCCCUCCUCCUUCUCCUUUCCUUCGACUUGUUCGAUUCCACCUCAGACUCCCCGAGCGUGCCUCAGUCGCCUGCUCCCAUUAGGCUCAAAGCCAUGGCGGGACCUGGCGGUUGGAGGGACAAGGAGGUCACGGAUCUGGGCCACUUGCCGGAUCCAACUGGAAUAUUCUCACUGGAUAAAACCAUUGGCCUUGGUACUUAUGGCAGAAUCUAUCUGGGACUUCAUGAAAAGACUGGUGCAUUUACAGCUGUAAAGGUGAUGAAUGCCCGUAAGACCCCUUUACCUGAAAUAGGAAGACGAGUGAGAGUGAAUAAAUAUCAAAAGUCUGUCGGGUGGAGAUACAGCGAUGAGGAAGAAGAUAUCAGGACUGAACUCAACCUUUUGAGGAAGUAUUCUUUCCACAAAAACAUUGUGUCCUUCUAUGGUGCAUUUUUCAAACUGAGCCCCCCUGGCCAGAGGCACCAACUUUGGAUGGUGAUGGAGCUAUGUGCAGCAGGCUCAGUCACUGAUACAGUGAGAAUGACCAGAAAUCAGAGUCUGAAAGAAGAUUGGAUUGCUUACAUCUGCCGAGAAAUCCUUCAGGGCUUAGCUCAUCUUCAUUCACACCGUGUAAUUCAUCGGGACAUCAAAGGUCAGAAUGUGCUACUGACUCACAAUGCUGAAGUAAAACUAGUGGAUUUUGGAGUGAGUGCCCAGGUGAGUAGAACUAAUGGGAGGAGAAAUAGCUUCAUUGGGACACCAUACUGGAUGGCACCUGAGGUGAUUGACUGUGACGAGGACCCAAGAUGCUCCUAUGAUUACAGAAGUGAUGUAUGGUCUGUGGGAAUCACUGCUAUUGAAAUGGCUGAAGGGUCUCCUCCCCUGUGUAACCUUCAGCCCUUGGAAGCUCUCUUUGUUAUUUUGCGGGAAUCUGCUCCUAAAGUCAAAUCCAGCGGAUGGUCCCGCAAGUUCCACAAUUUCAUGGAAAAGUGCAUGAUAAAAAAUUUCCUGUUUCGUCCUACUUCUGCAAACAUGCUUCAUCACCCAUUUGUUCAGAAUAUAAAAAAUGAAGGACAUGUUGUUGAGUCAUUAAAGAAACAUCUUACUGGAAUCAUUAAAAAGAGACAGAAAAAAGGAGUACCUCUGAUCUUUGAAAGAGAAGCUAUUAAGGAGCAGUACACCAUGAGAAGAUUCAGAGGACCUUCUUGUACUCAUGAGCUUCUGAGACUGCCAACCAGCAGUAGAUGCAGACCACUUGGAGUCCUACACGGAGAACCCUCUCAGCCGAGGUGGUUACCUGAUCGAGAAGAGCCACAGGUCCAGGCACUUCAGCAUCUACAGGGAGCAGCCAGGGUGUUCAUGCCACUACAGGCUCAGGACAAUGCACCUAGGCCUCUACAGGGGCAAGCUCAGGCACCUCAGCGACUACAAGGGGCAGCUCGGGUGUUCAUGCCACUACAGGCUCAGGGUAAGGUUAAGGCAUCUAGGCCUCUACAGAUGCAAAUUAAGGCACCUCCACGACUACGGAGGGCAGCCUGGAUGCUCAUGCCACUACAGCCUCAGGUUAAGGCACCUAGGCCUCUACAAGUACAGUCCCAGGUACCCAAAGAGCAGCAGGCUGAUGCCCAACAUCAGGCAUCAGAAGAACUGCAAGAUCUGGACCAGGUACCAGAGGAAUUUCAGGGACAAGAUCAGGUACCUGAACAACAAAGGCAGGGCCAGGUCCCGGAACAGCAGCAAAGACAGAACCAGGUACCUGAACAGCAACCGGAGCAGAACCAGUCACCUGAACAGCCUGAGGUCCAGGAGCAGGCUGCUGAUCCCACACAGGCAGAGACUGAGGCAGAGGAGCCUGAGUCAUUACAAGUACAUGCCCAAGUGUUGCUGCCCCUACUGUCACAGAACCACCAUGUGCUGUUGCCACUACAUUUGGAUACUCAGGUGCUCAUUCCAGUAGAGGGGCAAACUGAAGGCUCACCUCAGGCACAGGCCCGGGCCCUUGAGCCCCUGCAGGCAGCUGGCUCAGUUCAAGCACUGGUAGAGGGACUAUCAAGAGACUUACUUCGAGCACCAAACUCGCAUAAUUCAAAGCCACUUGGUCCACUGCAAACCUUAAUGGAAAACCUGUCAUCAAACAUGUUUUACCGUCAACCAGAACAGGCACGGAAGAAAAAAUCAAUGGUUUCUAGUCUAAGGCAGGCAUUGGCCAAAAUACUCUCACCGAAGAAAUUCCGGAUAAAGUUAUCACGAAGACCUGAAGAAUCUGAGCUCUCAGAUUUAGAAGCCCACAGGCAAAGGCGCCAACGCAGCAUGAGGCAUGAGGAAGAACUGAGACAAGUUGCACAUGACAAAAAAGAUGAAUCAUCAGACAAUGAUGAAGUAUUUCAUUCAAUUCAGGCUGAAGUACAAAUAGAACCAUUGCAACCAUACGUUCCUAAUCCUAAAGGAAAUGAAGUCCAAGAGAGAUCUGCUUCAAUGCCUUACAAUCAGGAUUAUGCACACCAUGUCAAGUUCUCUUCAAGUGUUCCUCGGCGAUCUCUUUUGGAACAAGCUCAGAAGCCAGUUGACAUCAGACAAAGGAGUUUGCAAAAUCCUCAGAAUUGCCCAGCAACAUCAGAAUCUUCUGAGGAAGAGAGUCCCAUGACCUGGAGGAGGUCCCAGUCAUCACCGCCUUAUUCUACUAUUGAUCAGAAGUUACUGGUUGAUGUCCAUGUUCCAGAUGGAUUUAAAGUAGGAAAAAUAUCACCCCCCCUUUACUUGACAAAUGAAUGGGUGGGCUAUAAUGCACUCUCUGAAAUCUUCCGGAAUGAUUGGUUAACUCCUGCACCUGUCAUUCAGCCACCUGAAGAGGGUGGUGAUUAUGUUGAACUUUAUGAAUCUGGUGCUGGUAUUGAUGGUGGUGAUGAUUCUAAUGAUGUUUAUGAAGAUACCAGUGACCAUAACAACAGCAAUGUCUUGGAUAACCAGGUCGAUCAGGCUGUUGAUGUCGGUGAAGACCAUGAUGAUGAUGGCAAGGAUGAGGCUGUUGAUGGCAAAGGCAAUAAUUGUGAUGAUGAUCCUAGUUGGCCAAGGCCAAGUUAUGACAGAAGUAGGAGCUGCAAACAAGAUGGUAGAGAUGGAACUGAUAGAGAAGAAGGAACCUGCAGCAGCUAUGGACGCCAGAGAGCCAGUAGUAGCAAUGGAAGAAGUGCAGCCAGUGGGAGUCAUGCAACCAUUGGAGACCAUGAAGAGCACAGAGCCAAUAUAUGCACUGGAAACAGUGGCAAGGAGGGUAACGAAGGUAAGGGAGUCAAUGGAACCACUGAAGAGAGUGGAGCCCUUGAAUUCAAUGGAGGAGAAACUUGCUCAGAGACAGAUGGUCCAGGAUUGGAGAGACCAACAUCCCAGGACUUUGAACAUCAACAGAAGGAGCAAGAUGGUAGAAGUGAGGCCUCAAAUGCCAUUGUCUCAGGUAGUGUACCCGCAGUACAUGAUGAUGAGGGUGACAGUAUGGACAUAUCAGAAGCAUCAACAGAAUCAGAUUUUUCUGCCAGCCACUCAUCUCCUUCCUAUGGUUGUGGGAGGACUGCAACUGUUGACUUUGCCAGUGCCAUCUUAUAUGCUGGGUUAGUGAAAGUACUUAAAAAAUCACCUAAGCGAACCCCUGAAGUCAAUGUUAACCCACUAUAUGUCUCUGCUGAAUGUAAAAAACCACUAAUCCACAUGUAUGAAAAGGAAUUCACUUCUGAGAUCUGCUGUGGUUCUUUGUGGGGAGUGAAUUUGCUGUUGGGAACCCGAUCCAAUCUGUAUCUGAUGGACAGAAGCGGAAAGGCAGACAUUACUAAGCUUAUAAAGCGAAGACCAUUCCAUCAGAUUCAAGUUGUAGAGCCUCUCAAUUUGCUGAUUACCAUUUCCGGCCGUAAGAACAGACUUCGGGUGUAUCAUUUGACCUGGCUGAGGAACAAGAUUUUGAAAGAUGAUCCAGAAAGUAAAAGAAGACAAGAGGAAAUGCUAAAGACAGAAGAAGCCUGCAAAGCUAUUGAUAAGUUGACAGGCUGUGAACACUUCAGUGUCCUCCAACAUGAAGAAACAACAUAUAUUGCAAUUGCUUUGAAAUCGUCAAUUCACCUUUAUGCAUGGGCACCAAAGUCCUUCGAUGAGAGCACUGCUAUUAAAGUGAUAUGCACUGAUCAAUCAGCAGACUCUGAAGGAGACUACAUGUCCUAUGAAGCCUAUAUACGAAUACUGGCAAAAAUACAGGCAGCUGAUCCAGCGAAUCGGUUUAAGAGACCAGAUGAGCUCCUUCAUUUUCUGAAGCUCAAGGUAUUUCCAACACUUGGUCAUAAGCCAGUGACAGUUGACCUGGCUAUUGGUUCUGAAAAAAGACUAAAGAUUUUCUUCAGCUCAGCAGAUGGAUAUCACAUCAUUGAUGCAGAAACUGAGGUUAUGUCUGAUGUGACCCUGCCAAAUAAUAAUAUCAUCAUUUUUCCUGAUUCCUUGGGAAUUGGCGUGAUGCUCACUUUCAAUGCUGAAGCCCUUUCUGUGGAAGCAAAUGAACAACUCUUCAAGAAGAUCCUUGCAGUGUGGAAAGACAUACCAUCUUCAAUGGCUUAUGAGUGUACACAGCGAACCACAGGAUGGGGCCAAAAGGCCAUUGAAGUCCGCUCUUUGCAAUCAAGGGUUCUGGAAAGUGAACUGAAGCGCAGGUCAAUUAAGAAGCUGAGAUUCCUGUGUGCCCGAGGUGACAAGCUGUUCUUUACCUCUACCCUGCGCAAUCGCCACAGCCGGGUUUAUUUUAUGACCCUUGGAAAACUUGAAGAGCUCCAGAGCAAUUAUGGUGUUUAAAAGGUUCCAAUGAUUUAUUACAACAUUUACAAACUUCAUAAGCACACAAUUUGCAUCUUAAACUUUCUGAGAUUAAAUGAGCAUUCAGUUUUAUUGUUAGGGAAAAAUUAAAUCAUAUUCUUUACUUUUAAUGUAGCACACAAUAGUUUUAAUGAUAAAUGCACCUUUAUAUAUAAAAUUAACUAUAGCAAGCUCUAUGUACUCCAAUGGUGUACAACGUCUUUUGCACAAACUUCGUAACUUUUGUCACUGUGAAUUGAAAUGUUACUCUUUGGACAGUUUGGACAGUAUCUAUAUUCAGAUUUUACAACAUGGAGUAAAGAAACCCGCAAUGAGUUAGAUUCCAAGAAGCUUUCAAAAGAAUUUGCCCUGAAUGAAGCUUUUCAGAAAAAAUAAAAAUAACAACAAAUCACAUGUGAAUUCGCACUCAUAUAAAGAACCAAAGGUUAGAUUAUGGAAUGAAAAUAAUAAUCUAUGCUAUAAGCUAGACUAAGGCUGAACAACCUGCAUGCUUGGAAAAAACUACAGUGAUAAAGGGGAAAAGGCCACCCAUUUCCUCACUGCUCCAUGACAGUUAAGCUCACAGUCAGAGACCAGUUUUGUUAUUUUCAUCCCAUGUUAAGCUGGUUUUCUCCUGAGAAGAAGAAAUAAAAAAGCCUCAGAUGCUUGAUUUUCCUCAGAACCCCCAAAGAUGUGCAAUAGCUGUUUUUAAAAACCACCAAAUAAUAUACCUGCAAGCCUAAAUACAAGACUGAACUCCUAUACACAUGUACUGUAGAAUGAGUUUUUUCAUUUUUUGUUUUUUUAAAUACUUUAAAAUAGGUGUCAAAGUCUACUCUUAAGGACAGAUUAGUUGACUUAUCAAAAUUCUUAUCUGGCCAGCAAUGUGACCAUCAGAUGGCAUUAAAUAUUUUCUCAAUCCCAGAUUAAACUAUAUAAAAUUUUUUCCUCUAGUUAUUAAGCAAAAACAACAAAAUGUAACAACAAAAAUCCUUCAGCUGUUAAUACUUGUGAUUUUCAUAUUUCUAUUUCUGUAAAAUCAGAAUGUAAAAGUGAUAAGUCCACUUAUAGAGACUUAACUGUAUAGGUAAAAAAAAAAAAAAAGGAAAAGAUUUUGAAAAAAAUGCAACUUUCAUCAAACACCCAAGUCUACAAAUUUAGAGUAGUGAACAUCAUGCUAGUCCACCGCCCCAGUGUAUUAUAGACGCCAUGGAUAGGUGGUGUUUGGUCACCAGUGGUAACUGUUACCUGGUGAAAAGCCUAAUUUCUGCAAAUCCAUCCUCAAUACCAUGGUUAGUUCUGGGGCAACAGAGAAGCAACAGAACUACCACAAGGUAUACCUCAGUAUAAUCCUCUAGCUCUGCUUCUAAAAAUCUGAAGACAGUGCUGGUGGGAUAAUAGUUUUCAAACUACCUGGUUAACCAGAAUAAAAAAGCAGCUGAUUAUGUGUGAUUUCAUGAUAGCACAGUAUUUCUUAGCACCCUGGUGCCAGGAAUGGCGAUUUGAAUUUUCCUAACAAUUUAUAUCAAGAGCGUAGUAGCUCAGUAAUGAGAACUUAGGAGAACCUGAAUCCAUGAACUGAAGAAGUAAAUGUGAUUCACAUUUCUUUUACUGUGACAAAAUAAUGUGAUCCUAAAGCUGGCUUAUCCUGAGAGUUUACAACUCAAAUGACUUUUUAAAUGUAGUAGUUUAAAGAGAAAACAAACUUUUUAUGUCAAAUUAUUUCCUUAGAAGUAGUCUUCAUUAUUAUAAAGUUGUACACCAAAAAGACCAUGGGGAACUCUGUGCAAGUACCUCAUUGCUGAGCAAAUGGAGUUUGCUAUGUUUCAAUUUCAGAAAAAUUUCUCACUUAAUAGUGUAGUAGAAGCAAGUCUUUUAAUAAUUCAUUUUUUUCUUCAUAAUAUUUACUCAGAGUUAAGGUUCAAAAUAAGUUUUAUCUUAAAAUCAUAUUUUUAAGGCAGUAAGACAGUAAACUAUUUUAGGAAGCCAACUCCCAUUGUGCCCUGUGGCUGUUGUUCUAGUAAAUAUAGAUAGUAGUGAACUGAAUCUAUAGGGAUGUUCCAAAGUAAACAAGCAAGAGACAUUGCCAAUGUGUAACUGAGCUUGAAAGGGUAAGGUGUUAUUGAAGAAGGGAAGCUGGGCCCAUAUUAAGAAGGGAGAUUGAAGUGUUGGGUAGCUAAAGGACUGAAAGAACUAAAAAUAUUUAAAGUGGUUUGGAGGUAAUGAAUAUUUUGGAUUUAGAUGUCAUUCCAUAUGGAAUUUUUACACACUUUUCUAGCUGAAAGAAAAAAGUGAACAGCCAAUUAAAUUUCAGUUAGUGCACAGUAAUAGACAAAAGAUAUUUUCUCUACACAUCACCUUGUAGCAGCAGCACCUGGCCUGUCACUGAAGUGUAGAGGAGGACUCCUGACUAGCCAAUUUCCCUAGCCUGGUGAUUUGAAGCAUGAAGUUCUGGCAGGUUGUGAGUAGCUUUGGGAUAGAGUACAGUUUGACGUCAGUGUACUUUAGUUUUUUCACCAAAGCCCUUUUCCAAAAUAAAACACAUUGUUGGAAAUAUUUGAAAACUAGAAAACAAGGUAUGAAAAAGGCUGACAAGAAAAGCUCUGAGUGAGUAGGUCUGUUGAAGAUCCUCAGUGGAAACAGUAAGAAAGAAUCAGCAUUAAGAUGGUAAAAUAAGCAAAGCAGAAAUCGCACAUGAACACACACCAUUAGAAUGCAUGAAUUUUAACAUUUUCAGUUCUACCAGUUUCUAGAUAAAUUAAUCACCAACUGUUUUCUGCCAGGACUCAUUUAAUUGAUACAGUAUACAUAAAACUGGGAAUAAUGCCACAUGUAUUCAAUGGGGUCUUUUAAGUACUCUUCAAUUCUUUUAAAAAAUGUGCCUGUUUAGGCACAGUCGCAAGGGGGCCAUCAGGUGAGAAACUGGGGAUCAACAGAGGUGAGGCUUAGAACCUCACCCCCCCCCCGUUUUGAGAGAAAGCUUCUGCAUCCGUGGAUGUUUUGUUGCCCUUGUCUAGCUUGGAUUAAUACUUAGUCUACAGGCACACACCUGAUCAUCUACAUUUGCCCUCUUACAGCACUAAACUAUGUUUUCUAGCUUUAUCUUGCAUCUACCUACCACUUCAGCAUUUUAUUAAAAGUAAUAAUAAUAAUAAUAAUAAUAAUAGUAAUAAGGGAGAAAUGUGGGAUUCACAUAUAAAUCAAGUAUAAAAAUCAAAUGAAUAAUCAUAUUUGACCUGAUUGUUUUUAGUUCAUAAUGCAUGAUCAAAACUGAAAGUUUCUGUGAUGACUGCCCUAGCACUGUUCACCAUGUAAGAACUUAUUCACUAUGUAAGAAUUUGUUCACCAUGUAAGAACUUAUUCACUGUGUAAGAAUUUGUUCACCAUGUAAGAACUUGUUCGUUGUGCUUCAGAAGAUUGGAGACUGUUGAGAAUUAGGCUUGGGGUUGAUUAAUGAUUGUGCAUUGAGUCCCCUACAUAGAAUUUUAUUGUUGUUAACAACCAUUUGAUCAAUAAAUAUGAGAGAUGCCCUCUCAAAAAAAAUGUGCCUGUUUAAAUCAAUUUGUACUCAAUCUGUGCUCUAACUUUAAAAAUUACUGAAGUAAUCUUUGAGACUCCUGAUUAUUUCAUCAGAAAGUCUGCAAUGAACUAUUGUUCAACCUCUAAAAAUAAAUAUUUUAAAAUUA